AUUACAUCACCAACUCGCACCGAAUUGCAGAACGUCUCGUGUGAUACACUGUGUACUUUCAGUGUCCCUGAUCAGUUAUUUUUUUUCCUUUUAUUUUGCACCGGGUUUUAAUAACAGGGCGCGUUUCUCUUUAACAGACAAGGAAGAUCUCGGCUUUAGCUUUCGAAAUCGCCAUUGUUAGCGGUGAUGUGAAAUAGUGCUCGGCGCUUCCGGUUUAAUAUAUUAAAAAAACAGCUAUCGGUAUGAAAUGUACGUCGAGAAGCGGAGCUGUUGAGUCUUGGUGCUUUUCAUUCGUGUCUAUUCUUAUCGGAGAGAUCAUUUAAUAAAGAGCUCGUCGUCUCACCUGGUCUUUUUAUUUUUACGGAAGCAGCCAAGAGCGAAAGCGCAUUUUUUUCAGUUAUCCGGAAUUCAGUCUAUGAAAGCUCGGCGCUUACAUCCUGAAAAGGAUAUCCGAUAUAUAUUUUUACUGUAUAAUAAAACAAGCCAUUCCAGGGGGUUUUAUUUUAUGGGGAUGUGUUCAAGACAAGAGAGAAUACAAAAAGACGUCGACAUCGUAAUUCAAAGGUGCAAGGCAGAGAAAGACUGCCUGUUUUCUGAUUUUCGAUACGCGGACUCAACGUUCACAUUCACAUAUUCGAAGGGACCUAAAAGGGUUUCAUAUUCGGUGCACGUCUCUGAAGAUUACCCAGACAAUACAUAUGUGUCUAAUUCUGAGAAUGAUGACGACGUUCUAGUUACAAGAGAUCCCAUUCCUGUCAUUUUUCACAGGAUAGCAACAGAAAUUAGGAAUAACUGUGACGCCACAAGCUGCCUGUCCUUCAAAUCCAGACUUCAAAUAGACAAGAACCAGUUCAGCAAUGCCGUAGAGGAAGAUUCCGAGGGAGAUAAUGACUCGGAGGAGUUCUACUACGGUGGCCAGGUGAACUAUGAUGGAGAGCUGCACAAACACCCACAGCUUGAGGCUGACCUGGCAGCAGUGCGAGAGUUUUACGGGCCUCAUGCAGUAUCUCUCAGGGAAUAUGGUGCAAUCGAUGACGUCGAUAUAGAUUUGCACAUCGACGUCAGUUUCCUUGACGAGGAAAUUGCUGUUGCAUGGGAUGUGAUCAGGACAGAACCAGUUAUUGUGCGCCUCCAUUGUUCACUCACACAGUAUCUAAAUGGGCCAGUUCCGACUGUUGAUGUAUUUCAAGUAUCGACAAAAAAUCGGUUUGGACUUGGACACCAACUGAAAAAGAUCAUGCAGACAUUUGUCACACAACAAUGGAAAUCUCACAGUAAGGAUAAAUUAAACUGCCCUCACAGCAAAAAGCAGAGUGAUAAAAAAGUGAAAUCACCCCUGCACAUUUUCUCAACUCUCCGCAGAUCACCAAGCUACCCUCCUCCAGGGUGUGGAAAGAAUAAGAAGAAGCUGAAACCGGAGCAGGACGGGGUGUCGAAGUCGCAUAAACUGUUGCGCCGGACUUGCUCGAGUACGGUGAAAGCCGAAGAUGGCUGUGCCAACAAGUCCCACAAGCCCCUGGGACGGUCGCUGUCCAGCGAUCCGCGGGUGGAGCACCCCCUGAUCCCUAAACCCCACAAACUGUUGACCCGGCCCUGCUCCGUGGCGGUGAAGCCGGAUGACUGUGCCUCUCUCAAGUCUCAGAAGAUGCUGCCCAGGUCGUGCCUGGGAGAGCAGCGUUGCGAGCACAACGGCGGCGUCCUGAAGCCCCACCGGCUCCUCAGCCGCUCCUGCUCCAGCACUAUCCGGACUGAGGAGCUCGACGGCCUCAAGCAACACAAGCUGCUGAGCAGGUCUUACUCCAGCAACACCAAAAUGGGCAAGUCUGACCUCUUUAAGGAGCCUGUCCCCGAGGGCAGGCGGCUCUCUCUUACCUCAGGACUUAUCGGCAUCCUCGCCCCAUCACUAUCCACCCCGCCCACGCCAAACUAUGGCGCAAAAUCAGUCCCGGUGAGAGAUCGAGGAUUUCUUGUCCAGAUCAUGGAAUAUGCUGAGCAGAGGAUACCUGUCCUUAACGAGUACUGUGUGGUCUGCGACGAGCCUCAUGUCUUUCAGAAUGGACCAAUGCUUAGACCCACAGUUUGUGAACGAGAGCUCUGUGUGUUUGCCUUUCAAACGCUGGGUGUCAUGAAUGAAGCCGCAGAUGAGAUAGCCACAGGUGCUCAGGUGGUGGAUUUGCUGGUCUCUAUGUGCCGAUCUGCACUGGAGUCUCCAAGGAAGGUCGUCAUUUUUGAACCCUAUCCAUCAGUGGUUGAUCCCAACGAUUCUCAGUCACUGGCCUUCAACCCUCGGAAAAAAGACUAUGACCGAGUGAUGAAAGCCCUUGACAGCAUAGCAUCAAUCAGAGAAAUGACACAAGCACCGUAUUUGGAAAUAAAGAAGCAGAUGGACAAACAUGACCCUCUUGCUCAUCCCUUACUGCAAUGGGUAAUAUCCAGCAACAGGUCACAUAUCGUUAAACUACCAGUAAACAGACAAUUGAAGUUCAUGCACACCCCUCACCAGUUUCUCCUGCUCAGCAGUCCGCCCGCCAAAGAAUCCAACUUCAGAGCUGCCAAAAACCUUUUUGGGAGUACCUUCGCUUUCCAUGGCUCACACAUAGAGAAUUGGCAUUCCAUUCUGAGGAACGGUUUGGUUGUUGCCUCAAAUACAAGACUUCAGCUCCAUGGCGCCAUCUAUGGGAGUGGAAUCUAUGUCAGCCCUAUGUCAAGUAUUUCCUUUGGCUACUCAGGGAUAAACAAAAAGCAGCAGAAAGUUUCUUCAAAGGAUGAGAAUACGUCACACAGCAAAACAAACAUGAAUCUGCAGUCCCAGAAGAGGGGGCAGCAGCCACAAUUCUUGCAGAGUCGAAAUUUGAAGUGUAUAGCAUUGUGUGAAGUCAUUACAUCUCCUGAUCUGGACAAACACGGUGAUAUCUGGGUUGUCCCCAACACAGAUAAUGUCUGUACAAGAUUUUUUUUUGUUUAUGAAGAUGGGCAGGUUGGUGACACAAACAUCAACACGCAGGACAGCAGCAUUCACAGAGAGAUCUUGCGAGUUAUAGGCAAUCAGACGGCUACUGGAUAAGGAUGACUGACUCUUUACUCUAGCCUGAGUUCACCCUUUAUAGCCUCAAAGCUGGAUUUUGAGCUAAAGUGGUGAUUAUAGUUUGAUUUGAUAAGCAUGGAACACUACUAAGAAAUUAAAUUGGUUUGAAAUCUUAAAAAGUGAAACCUUUGUACCCCGGUAUGAAGUAUGAAAAAAGUAAGUACACUGAGCCUUCUGCUAUUACAAAUUCUGACUUUAUUUUUUAAGUACAGUAACCUUCACUGUUUAUGAAUUGUCAGGAAAGUCCAGUUUGACCGAUGGACUGCUUUCAUCUUUUUUAAUAAAAAAAGAAAAAAAGUAACAUUCUUGGUGAAAUUGAUAGGAUUUAUCAUAGUUGUUGAACCUUUACAGUAAUUUGGUACUCCUGUAUAACAAAAAGCCAAAUCUCACAAGAUGUUUACUAAAUGAGACAUGUCUGUUUGCAGUGUAGGUAGUGAACAACAAUGGUGUUGAUAUGCACUUUAAUUGAUUUUUUGGUAUACAAUGUAUUACACUUAUCAAAAUGCCUCCCCCCCACCAAUGAUCAAUUGUCAGUCAUAUUUAACUGAUGUUUUCUUCCAAAUAAGGUGAUUUACACAAGAUUCAUGCUUGACUACAAUGAAUGCUAUCCAAACCUAAUACUUUUCAGUGUAAGAGAACCAUCAACGUCACCUUCUAGUUAUCUGGCCAUGCUGCUGGCUUCAGAGCAGCGAUAAAAUGGUUGUUGUAGGGAUGUUCCCAGCGUACCUCCCGCAGUUGCUUAAUUUCUCUUCAUAAGCCCAACACAAAGCCCAAUGACAAUAAUGGUUGCUGCUCAAUACACCAGCAGUAACUGGUUUACAGCAAUUGGUCAGUGCUUCUUUUUCCAGUCUUCGGUUUUUAUCUGCCUUCAACUUCUGAUAUACUAAUGAUAUUCUAUGAUGUUUAGAAAAUCAUGGGGAGACUUAACAGGUUAUUUUAUAAGGGAUGGGGUUUAUAUGGGGGGAAAACAAAGCUUGUGUUUGAGGUUCCGCUUUUAUAUUUGGCCAUUUCUUUCUAAUUGUAGACAUUUAUAAGUGAAUCAAUUAAAUCAAAAUGUCACAUGCUCCCCUUGCUUAUUUUUCAUCAGUUAGGACAUAUUACAGAAAACUUUGAUUAAUGUCUGAUCAAUGGUUAUCAAAAGCAAUAAAUGAGAGUAAAAAUUUGGUUAAAAUAGAUGAUUAGGUAAGUAUUUUCAUAGUUUUAAGGAAUGCUGUUAGUUUCAUAUUAUAGGCUUUAUUUGUCCAAAUGUUCUUCAUUACUGAUUGAAUAUUUAAUAUGGCACAUCCUUGUGUCUCCUUUUAAUUGAAAUAGCAUAGAAGGUAUUAAAACUUGUAGUUUCUUUUGACAAAAUUAUUUGAAAUGAGAAGUUAAAUUUUUGACCAGGAGCAUUAUUCUAUUAUCAGCUGAAGUAAAUGCUCUUAACACUGUAUCAGUGUUAUAGUAUAUAUGGAUAUUAUGAUAAAUAUAAUGAACAUUUUUGUUAAAAAUGUUCAAUGCGUUUAAAGUGGUGUGUAAAUGUUGUAAUAUAUUCCCCUAUUCGAAAAAAAAGGGAAAAAAUUGGAAAUUAAAACUUGGUGAAGAUUUCAUAAAUGUAUAUCAUGAAAUGCACACUGUUCCUUAAUUCCAGUUUCAAAAUGCUGUUUAUUAAAAUAAUAGUAAAACUUUGAUUAAUGCUGAGUUAAGGCUUUUUUAAUGUUUAAUUUAUUAUCUGAACCGGAUAGCUUGAUGGAUUCCCCAAACUGAAGUUCCAUUUGAUUCUGCAUAUGUAUAUUUGGAAUACAUAAUGGUUCUUGUUUUAGGCAUUAUAUGCUCCCACCCUAUAGAAAAGAAAUUUAUUACGAUUCAGUUAAAAAUACUCCUAUUGUAAAUACCUGAUGGUUACAAUUUUAUAGUCCUUUUUUUAUUUAAUUCAAAAUGUGAAUCAAAUGUGUUACACAAAUAGAUAAGAUAGUACAUGAGGUGAAACAGUGAAAAUGAAUUCAUUAGUCCCUUUUCUACAAACAGUAUUGUCUUCGUUUUCAAUAUGGUGGCUACUUAUUUUUUUUUAUAAUUUUUGUAAAUCAUAUUCAUUAAAAAAAUACAUCUAUAAAAAUGAAUAAAAUUGCAUUGAUUUGCAAAACAAAAACUGAAUUUUUAAAAUCAAUAAUCAGAAAUAAAAACAAGGACAGCGUACUUCAGAACAACAUAGUGAACGUGGAUGAGUGAAGAUUCAGUUGUGCUACUUUUUUGUUUUUUUUUCUGUUUUAUUUUUUGUUAAAUGGUUUUCAUUUGAAACCUUUGAAGUUUGAUUAUCUCUGCCCUGCACAAAACAGUAAAUACUUCUGCUAAUUAGCCUUUGGUGCCUUAGAAACAGAGUAAUGGCAAAUAUACUGUAAAUAUUGUAAAUACUGCCACAAAAACAUGAACGCCAAAUAUUUUCUGUAUUGAGUUUCUACAGCUUUUUUUUCCUUUUGCAAUCAAAUCAAGCUUUUUCUGGCAUUUUAUUAGUUAUGGAAUAAUAGCUUAUGUAUCUGUUUACUUUCAAUAAAUUUAAAUUUGUUUAAACCAGA